UCCGGCGAUGAGCGAGCGCAUGAUGGAGAGACACUAAGAAGGAAGGCGCGCAUCACAUGAAUCCCGAUCUAUAUAUUGCUGCUGUUCCUCCACCUCAGCCCAUCCUCGUACUACACCACCGAGGUUCUUACCUUGCUCGUCCCUUGACUUUCUCCCACCAUCUACUAUCCAUCCUUACCUGUCACCACCUACGUCCAUCUGGUGAAGUCUAUCUUAUCGGACCCACCUAUCACCCAUCUACACCAUGGCGGCUCCCGCAGACAUCACCCUAAAGAACCUCAACGGCGAGUGGACGAUGGACAAAACCCUGUCCAAUCCCACAGAACCGAUUCUCGAGCUGCAAGGAAUGGGUUGGCUCACGCGUAAGGCUCUCAGCGUCGCAACAGUCACCCUCUCCAUCCAUGAAUAUCCCGACGCCGCAGAACCGUCCAUUAUGCACAUCGACAUCGACCAAACUAUCACCGGUGGUAUCAAGGGUACAACCGAGAGGCGUAUCAGCGAUUCGAAGCCGCGAGAGCACCAAGAUCACAUCUUUGGCCACGUCAGGGGCCAGUCCCAGUUCUUCCGUGGGUCAAAGGGUGAGGACGGAAAGGCCCGCCCGUACCUGGAGUUCAACACCAAAAGCGACGAGCCCCUAGUCUUCAAGUUCUUGAGGGGGGAAGUUCUAGCUGAUGGCAGUGAGUGUGAAGGUUUCAUUGUAGAGGACAUGGGCGAAGAGUUUGGCGAGGGCGAGGGCAUCUGGUUCCAAAGCUUCGUGGAGAACCUGGAUAGCGGGUGGACUGCCGAACAGAUCUGGGGCUUUGAAAUGAUUGAUGGCAAGCGCUACUACACCCGCCGUGUUGCCGUCGUCAAGGGCAAGACCUACAAGUUGGCCCGAUUCGUCUACGCCUUCAUCAAGCCUCGGGCUGAGUAAGGGCAUCUGUGUAAGAUGCUUGGGGUUAAAGCCGGCACGUCUUUUAGAAUGAUGGGUGAUAGAUCUGGAGGCUCCUCGUCAUUGAGAACCUGAGGACAAUGACAAUGGAAGUCUGGAACUGUUGCUACUAGAAAUGAUUCAGGGAAACUAAGCAUUAUUACAUCCCCUCCAACCCAUUGACACAUAUCGUUCCUCGUAAAGUGCUUAGGGACCAA